AGAGUAUCAUUAAUCAUUAUGUUUUUUCUUUUCCUCUCUCUGAAAGAGUCUAUUUUUCCAAAUUUCUCUUUUCUAUUUGACUCUUCCUUCAUUUCCUCUCUGCCCCCAUUACAACAACAACAACAUCACAUCUGGGUUUUUUCCUCCUCACUUUUUCUCUUACGAUCUAGCUUUUUCAGCUCCAACGAGGUUGUCUUUUUUUUGUUGCCAACGUUGUACUUGCUGUCGCAUUUCUUCGUAAGAAUCGGCUCAUAUAGGAACACCUUGAUUUGGACUUGAAUAAGGGGAUGAUCAAAAGAGACAAAAUGCAGAAUUUUGUUGGAAAGAAUCAACUAUGAUUCAAUUACAGGUUGUUUUGAAGAGGACUUUGUGCAAGCCAUUCUAUGUCUUCUGUUAAAAGCCCUUCACGGGGGCUUAAAAACGAUGAUAUUCUGGGUCAAGCCUCUGAAAUUCUAGGCAGGCACAAUCUUGAAAAAAAACUGGCUCAAAGCAAUUUCAAAGGCAAGGAUGCACUUAAUCACGCUCAGGACCUAGACACUAUGGAACUUUAUUCACGAGCAAAGGGGCAAGAAAAAGAAAUCCUCUCCCUUCGUGAACAGAUUGCUGUUUCCUGUAUGAAGGAGUUGCAGCUUUUGAAUGAGAAAUGCAAACUAGAGAGGGAAUUUUCAGAACUAAGAAUGGCAAUUGAUGACAAGCAAAAUGAAGCCAUCACAUCUGCCUCUAAUGAUCUGGCUCGAAGGAAAGGUUAUCUAGAAGAAAAUUUAAAACUUGCCCAUGAUUUGAAGGUUGCAGAGGACGAGAGAUAUAUAUUCAUGUCAUCUAUGCUAGGAUUGCUAGCAGAGUAUGGUCUGUGGCCUCGUGUUAUGAAUGCCUCUUCAGUGUCUAACUAUGUAAAGCAUUUACAUGAUCAAUUACAAUGGAGGAUUCGGAAUUCGCAUGAUAGAAUUGGAGAGUUGACUUCCGGGCAAGAAGGCCAUGCAGAUAAUGGUAAUCAUAUUGUUGAAAGUCCGGGUUCUGCAAAUUUGACAAAUCAAAUUCAUAAUGAAUUCAUGUUUCAGCAUAACUUUCCCCAACAAAAUCUUAUUGGCAAUGAACAAAGUCAUCAACCAAUGAGCAAUAUGACAGGAUAUAUGAACCCAGGUGUUAGUGGUGAUGUAAAUGGAGCAUUCAAAAGGGCCAACUAUCCGGAGAUUUCUAAUGCUGCAGAUAGGGACCUAUUUGAUCAAAUUGGUGCCCAAGAGAGAACUGGAGAUAGAAAUUUUGUAAAUGGCAAUGGCGGCAACUUGUACCAACCUUCAAAUGAGCAUGAUGAGACCGCUUCCAACGUUUCUGAGGAUGGCCCUGGCAUUGAGAAUUUUCAAAUCAGUGGUGAUGCUAUUCCUGGAGAAAAACUUCUUGGAUGUGGUUAUCCUGUCCGUCGAACUUCUCUAUGUAUGUUUCAGUGGGUUCGGCAUCUUCAGGAUGGCACUAGACAGUACAUUGAAGGAGCUACAAAUCCUGAGUAUGUAGUUACAGCUGAUGAUGUCGAUAAAUUGAUAGCAGUUGAGUGUAUUCCAAUGGAUGACAAAGGCCGUCAGGGGGAGCUAGUGAGGCUUUUUGCUAAUGACCAGAACAAAAUAAAAUGCGACCCGGAAAUGCAGCAUGAGAUUGAUACAUACCUGUCCAAAGGAGAAGCAAUUUUCAGUGUUCUACUUUUGACGGAUUCUUCUGACAAUUGGGAACAAGCAACUCUAUUCUUAAGACGAUCAGGAUACCAAAUCAAAAUAAGUGGCACUGAAGCUCCAGUAGUUUCUGAGAAAUUCUCAAAGGACUUAUCGAUCAAAGUUCCAUGUGGUCUCUCAACACAAUUUGUGUUAACAUGCUCAAAUGGAUCUUCUCAUCCUCUAAGCACAUAUAGCGUCCGAAUGCGAGACACACUUGUGUUAACCAUGCGACUCUUCCAGAGUAAGGUAUUGGAUGACAAAAGGAAAGGGAAAGCAUGACCAUCGACAACCAGUUGCCGCGAUUAAUCCCGCACUUUUUAUAUGGAAAAAAAAAAAUACAAAACAGAUGAAGCAAAAAUUACAGUAUUAUUUUGUUUUUGUGGAAUAUUUGGAGUCACACUUGUUCAUAUAGACCAGUUGUGAAAAUAAUUUAGCAUAUAGAAGCUAAGAAAAUGUAAGGUAAAGAUAGCAAUGACAAUGUUGUAACAUUUUUUCCUACCUGAAAUUACAUUGUAACAUUCUUUUAGGUAAAUUAGGGAAAGCUAAGUUAGUUAAGUGAGAGCUCUAAUAUUUUGUAUGUACUUUUACAACUAUUGUACAAUAUACAUACAAGUUAUUUUUGUAAUGUUGUAUGUAUGUGCUAUAUAGUAGUAUAUGAUGGACUCAAUUUACAUUCUAUAGAUGUGUUAAAAGUUA